AUGAAAACACAAGAACAUCAUGAUAACGGGAAAGUUGUCACAUGUUGUGCAACAAUUUCAUUCACAGAUGAUGAUUUGCUGAUGGGGUGUAAGCCACAUAACAGACCUUUGCUUGUUGUAGGGUCCAUUCAGGAACAACAUCUCAAUCGCAUACUUGUUGAUGAUGGUUCGGCUGUCAACAUCAUGCCAAAGAUGGUGCUAAUAAAGCUUGGGAUCUCUAUCGAUGAGCUAUCCAAAAGUAACCUAACCAUCCAAGGUUUCAACCAAGGAGGACAACGAGCCAUAGGUAUGAUCCGCAUGGUAUUAUCCAUUGAUGAUAUGAAGUCAAACACCCUGAUUCACGUCAUAGAUGCUAAAACAUCAUACAACCUAUUGCUUGGACGUCCUUGGAUUCAUGAGAAUGGAGUGGUAUCGUCUACUUUGCAUCAAUGUCUGAAGUACAGAAGAGAUGGUGAGAUAGUCAAAAUUGAUGUAGACAUCAAGCCUUUCACUGAGACAGAGUCAUACUUUGCAGAUGCAAAAUUCUACCUAGAUUCUUGUGAACCGAGUGUGGAGAAACCAUCAUCAGUCGAUGAAGCUGAUGUCAAGUCAAAAGAAGAAAAUGAGGCUCAAUGGACUACCACCAAGCUGCCUAAGAAGAAAAUUGAAGAAGUCUCCAUUGAGCUGUCAUCAUCUCAAGGUGACAUACAGACAAAGACUGAUAAGGAGCAUCUAGUUUUUCGCUAUGUUCCGCGUGAGCGUCGAAAGAAAGGGCAACCUUUGCUACACGAAUGUACUUCAAAGAAGCAAAUGAGUCACAAAGAUAUCCAACAUUUGAAGGAGCAUAUGACUAUUCCAGUUGCGCAAAUCCCAUACGUGACUUUUGAGUCUACUAAAGGCAAUCUCCAAGCUGAUAAAAUAAAAGAGCACUAUGAUCGUAAGGCCUUCAUACUGCUUGAAAAGUCUGGUUAUGACUUCUCCAAUCCAUCACAACUAGGAGAAGUCGAAGACGAAGUCACUGGUGAAAAGAUUCAUGGGCUCAAUGAGUCCCAAAUGAAGUUGAGAAAGCAAGGGCACUACGUUGCCACUCCAAAGUUUGGGUUGGAGUUUAGUUUGGCAGAGCCUCUUCGAAUUUCAUCAAAGAGAAGCAAAAGAGAUAGCUUCAUCACAAUACACCUCGAUAGAGGAGAUGAAGGAAGGACCACAAGGAAGUCGCCAUCUGGAAAGAUACUGUCAAAACAUAAGGAGCAAGUCCACGAGGAGCGGGAUCAUUUUGAAGUUGUUGCUGACAAAGAAAUCUGUAGUGCUUUCCCAUCACGUAUGAAGAGGAAGUCUAUUUUGUCAAUAUCCACGAAUGGUCCACUGAAGGUGCAAAGGAGAACCAUUGUUUACACUUGCCAUCCUCGUAAAGAAGCAGAGAAAGAGAACGAAGCCAUGCCGACCAUCCAAGAAAGUCAAAGAGAAAAGUCAGACUUUGUGGAAACAACCUAUCACAUCACCGUGGAAGAUAGCCCAUGCCUUGACGUUGAUGAUGAAGUCCACGAGGCUCCCCCUCAACUUGAAGAUGGUGGUCAAUCAACCGAGGAGGAGGAAUACUCCAAGUUGUUGACCGAGUACAAAGAUGUCUUCGCUUGGUCGUAUAAAGAAAUUCCUGGUCUUAGUCCUAAGGUAGCUGUUCAUCAUUUAGGGAUCAAAAGUGGAGCACGCCCUGUGAAGCAGUCACAAUGCAUGUUUCGACCCGAGCUUGUGUUCCAAAUUAAAGUCGAAGUCAACAAGCUCAUCGAGGCGGGAUUUAUUCGAGAGGUGAAGUACCCAUCAUGGAUAUCGAAUAUUGUACCUGUCAAGAAGAAGAAUGGUCAAAUACGUGUUUGUGUUGACUUUCGAGACCUAAACAAGGCAUGUCCAAAAGAUGACUUCCCGCUACCAAUUAUUGAACUCAUGGUUGAAGCUACAACAGGGCAUGAAGCUAUGUUAUUCAUGGAUGGGUCCUCCGGAUACAAUCAAACCAGAAUGUCUCCAAAGGAUGAAGAGUGUACUGCUUUCCGAACUCCAAAAGGGAUAUAUUGCUACAAAGUGAUGCCCAUCGGUCUGAAGAAUGCCGGUGCCACCUACCAACGCGCGAUGCAAAACAUCUUUGAUGACAUGCUUCAUAAGAGGGUUGAAUGCUACGUCGAUGACUUGGUGGUGAAGACGAAGAAUAGUCGUUAUCACCUUGAAGACCUUCGAAUUAUUUUUGAAAGGUUAAGAAAAUUCGACCUGAAGAUGAAUCCACUCAAGUGUGCAUUUGGAGUUACCUCAGGAAAGUUUUUUGUCUUCAUUGUGCGUCAUCGUGGAAUUGAAGUUGAUCCUGCAAAGAUUGAUGCCAUUUAG